CAUAUAUGUAGGUAUGUACUCGGAGGAAUCCACAAAUUAAAUCUUACCAAAGAAGGAGCCCAGGAGAGGCACAAAUUAUGGGCAUAGAAAAAUUAGAUGGCAUUCAAGAAGAACUAAAACAAAUGCCAGCAGCAUCAUCAGAAGCAGAAGCAGCAGCAGCGGACCUCUAACCGAAACAGAAGAGCCAGGCCAAGACGCACAGCAGAGAACCCAAAAAAAAGAAAAAUCUAUAUAAAAAGAUCGAGGAAUUCAGACACUUGAAGUCGCCACCAGACAGAGCCGAACAGAACAGGAAGAGCAGCCAUCUCCAUCUUUAGAACCAGAGGGAGGCCCCCCGAUGGCGACACUGGAGCUGGACUACUUCAGGGCCGUGUCCCUCUACCGCCGUCGCUCCUACGAGCAGUGUGCGGAGCUGUGCAACGCCCUGUUGCAGGCCGGUCACGACAACAAUGUCCAAAUGUUUGCCACCAAAGAGGGGGAGCAGGAGGAGCACCAGCAGCAGCAGCAGCAGGCGGAGCUCGAAGGCAACAGCAACAGCAACAGCCGCAGAUUCGGUAGCAAUUUGCAACGUAUUGGCCCCAGGCAUGCGCAGCAGCAGCCACAUACGCAGCAGAAGGCCGCCGCCGUCGCAUCCAUCAUGAUGCCCACUUGGCUGAUGGAGGGCGUUUGGCAAUUAAAGAUGCGUGCCCUGACGCAGCGCGUCUACCUGGACGACCUCGAGGUGGAUGAUGCCGGCGAGGAAGAGGCCCACGAGGAGAUGGAGUUCGAGAGAAUUGCCACGGCCGCCCGACCCGGCAGCAGCAUCAAGACCGCAUUCCAGCCGCGACCAAGCACCAGCCAGCGCCAGACGCAGCGCAGCAGUCGAGGAGCCGGCUUGGCUCACUCCAGCGAUGGGCGUCUGAACAGCUCCAGGCCGGGAUCGGCGGCUGUGGCGCGUCCUGGUACGAGUCUCAGCCGUCCAGGAUCCUCGCUGGGGGCCAGGCCCGCGUCUCGCUGUGGUACAGCCUCGAGGGUGAGGGCUACAUCUGCGGCGGCCUUUAAUGUGGGCGACGCCACCUCGAAGCUUUACCAGGCCUCCCGUCUCAAUCCCACUAUCUAUGCGGAGCGGGAGACUCUAGUGAAGGCUCUGUUCCAGUUCCUUUUCUACCACGAGGCGGACGUGCAGAAGGCGCACUCCCUCUGCCAGGCGGUGCUCGAGGUGCAGCGCCAGCGACCCAGUGCCUCCGGAUCGGAGGCCACCCGUAUAGACUGGUGGUGGCAGCAGCAGAUGGGCCGCUGUCUCCUGGCCCUCCACUAUCCCCGUCGGGCGGAGCCCUGCCUGCAGCAAUCCCUGGCCGCCUUUCCUCAUCCGGACACGUAUCUGCUACUGUCGCGACUCUAUCAGCGGCUCAAGCAGCCAGAACGGGCUUUGGUCCUGAUUGGGGAAGUGGUGGAUCUGCGCCCCUUCGAUGUCACCUACCGUCUGGAGCAGGCGCGCAUCCACCAGGCCAUGCAGCGGCAGGAGGACUCGCUGCAACUGUAUCGACUGGUGUCCCGACUGCAGCCCAUCAAUGUUGAGGCCCUGGCCAGCAUUGCCGUGGGCUACUUCUACGACAACAACCCGGAGAUGGCGCUCAUGUACUAUCGCCGCAUCCUCUCGCUGGGCGCCCACUCCGCGGAGCUCUACUGCAACAUAGCCCUGUGCUGUCUCUACGGCGGACAGAUCGACCUGGUCCUGCCCUGCUUUCAGCGCUCCCUGGCCAUGGCCACCCAACCAGAGCAGAAAGCCGAUGUCUGGUACAACCUGAGCUUUGUGGCGGUGACCUCGGGGGACUUCAAUCUGGCCCGUCGCUGCCUCCAGCUCUGUCUCACCUCGGAUGCCCGCAAUGGAGCGGCCCUCAACAAUCUGGCCGUCCUGGCAGCCCAGGGCGGAGACGUUUUGGCUGCCAAAUCCUAUCUGAAUGCCGCCAAAGAUAUGAUGCCCGAUGCUGAGGAGGUGACAAGCAAUCUGCAAUUUAUGGAUCUGCAUUACAAACUGUAGUUGGAUCAAUUGUUAGCAUCAUGUUAUACUUUUAUUGUACGCGGUAGACGUGCCUCGGCAUUAAGAUUUGAGUAUAUGCAAUGGAGUUUCAGAAUUAAAUCGCAUAAUCGUCUUCUAUGGCCACUGAAGCCACUCGUAGAUGGGAUCAAGACCCACUUUGGUCACCGCACUGGCCUCCACAAUGGUCACCUGUUGGCGGAUCUGCUUCUGCAGCUUGGACAUCUGCAGCAUGAGAAGAGCUUCAUUGCGCAUCUGCCGAUAAGAAUAGUCCAUCUUUGCCAGCACUAGCAGGAUCUUGACUUUCUGCAGUCGGGGCUCCGUGAGGAUGGAGUAGAAGAGCACGCCAGCGGCCGAAAUCUGGCAGAGAUUGGAAGUGUCGACCACAUAGAUGAGCUUCUUCACAUCCUCAAAGUACUGCCGCCACAGUGGAGCCAUGCUGCCGCCGAUCUCCAGGAUCUGGAUGGACUUGGGCAGAUGCUUCUUCCCGCCGUGGUGGUGUGCCUGGGUGGUUCCAUCCGCUGGCGGGGGCUUGGGCUUGUCGCUGUUCGGCGACUUGGUGGGAAAGUGGAUGCGGUAGAUUCCCGUUCCUAUGGUGGGCAUGGAGUAGCUCGUCUCGUCUAUGGAGUCCGGCUCCUGGAGAGCCUUCAGCAAGUGGGUCUUACCCGAACGCUUGGGACCCAGACAAAUGCAGGACAUUUUUCCUUUCGUUCUUUUAUUGAUCAAACAUAGUUUGCCUUGGUAACCGGACCAAAAUUCAAACGCGAUAACAAACGAUAACAGUCGAUUCUUCUUGCGUCCUCUGUCGUACACAUUUUAAACUAACACAGCUGUCUGUUAAAAGCUAUACGAACUGUAGCCCGCAGUUAAUAAUUGUUUAAACCUUGUUUCAGUCAGAAUACAAUAAAUGGGAGUACUUAAAAG